GUCUGAAUUCAUAAAUUGCAGCCCCAAAGGGCUGCCAGACAAUUCAGGCAUGGAGCAGCAGGCACUGAUGGAUGACCAGAGCCAGGACUUUUCGUUUCAAACCGUGCGGCGGCUCCUUCGCCGCCUUCCGCGCAGACCAGAGAAGAUGCAGUUCCAGGAGCUACGGCUGGCCCCGGACGUGGCCUUCGCCUUCGGCGGGUGCGCGAGCGGUGAGCGGCCGGCCGACUUCGAGGCGUGCGUAGCGCGCCAGGUUGACUCAUUGCACGUGAAGGGCUUGGGCUAUCUUUGCGAACGACUCCGGCAAGCAGAGGGUGACAUGUUUGUUUGCUUGGAGUCGGCGCUGCCUGCCGAACCUCGCCCGAGCAUUGGCUUCGUGAUUGCGCAGUGGUUCAUCGCCCACGUGUCCCAGUGCGGCGUGGAGGAUGUUUAUCAAGGGCAUCUCGAGAGGACGCCCGGCAGCCUGGCCGAGACGGUGGCCAUGCUGGCGCUGCUGGAGUUCCUCACGGAGGGCACCGCCAGCCGCGUCGUCACGGUCAAGGUCCGGGAGGGCGGCACGCAGUGCCUGUCCGAGCUGGAGCUCCAGGCCGUCUUCGGGGCGCCAGAGGCCGAGAGCGUGCGAGGAACCCCGGUGAUGCGGCUCUUCGAAGGCAUUGAUGCCAAAGAGCAGCUGCACUCGAUUCUGCGAGAUCUGCGGCCGCAGGCCGACUGCGCGAGGGGGGUGGAGCUGCUCGCUGCCGCCGCGCAGUGCCUGGCAGCGGAGAGCUACGGAUCCCCGCGGGAGGAGGUGCUCCGCAGGCUGCCGGUGGAUAUCAGCUGGGAUGGAUUGCAUCCAUCACUUUCGGAUCCUGAAGAUUCGUCCCUGGUCGAGCAGAUCGGGAUAGAGCUAUACAGGAGCGGUGUUACCAACUUGCUGGCAAUCUUCAGCAAGUCAGCAGGCUUCUAUGGCGGGGAUUCCAAGCUGGACCCUGUGAGGGCCUCACUCACAGUGCUGGAGACCUGUGCCGGGCAGGAGGAAUGGAGGCUGGAGCCGAAACCUCUGUGCCACGCGGGCUGCGUGAUGCAGAUCCGCAACGCCAUCCUGCAGAGCGUUCUGGACGUUCGCUUCCAGCGGCUCUUCAAGGGAUCCAUGGAGGAUUCCCACGUGCGGGACCCGAACAACGAGCGCUGGCAGGAGUUCUUCAGGACCAUUGACGUGACUGGCCGGGGGAAGAUCUCGAUGAGUGAGUGGCAGCAGGCGCUCGAGGACGAUUGCAAUGAAGAGCUUCGGGAGCUCUUCGAGUUUAACAAAGCGCCCAUGCGGAGAUUGGCCAAAAACGUGUUCGCCUCGGUGCAUAAGCAGGCAGACAGCUGGGUGUCGAUGGAGGAGUUCUGCAGGGCAUGCAGGAUGGCCGAGCAGAGGCAGCUCCUGUGGCACUGGGUGUAUCUCAUGGCCUGCCAUGAGGUGGAACGUGCGGAUGACAGGUCACAGGAUCAUCCUUUCGGCCACCUGAUUGAGUGGAAUCGCCACUGCAUCGAGUUGGGCCUCGCACAGGAGGAUGCCAGCUUCAAGCAGCUGAAAACAAGCCUCAGCGUUUGGCAGCUGGCGAGCGGCGAGUUGAAGGUCUCCUGCCACUGCAGCAUCCCGGAGGUCUCACGGGCGCGGAUCUCUCUAGCGGCUGGCAACCUGGAGCCGAACAUCUUCGAGGCCGAGCCUCUCAUCACGCAAGAUGCUGCAGAGGUCCUUGCGCGGAAGUUUGAUCACCGCCUCUUCGUGAAGAUCGCCUUCAACACCAGCAAGAGCUUUGAUGAUAACGAUGUGGCUUUGUUCGGUCAGCUGGCGCGGUUGCAGUGUCACUUUCUGGAAAGGAUCUGGGAGGUGCUCUUUCCCAAAUAUCUCGCGGAGGCUGAUGGUGCGGAGAAGUGCAGGCGACUUCGGCUGGGCAUUGACUACGUCAAGCCGAGCGGAUCUGGGCUGUUCCUUUCGCCGAAGGGAUGGCAGAUCCUCAAGGACUUCCAGCGUGAGAGCAAGAUGCCGACGCCCGUGGAGGAUCCUCCGUUGGAAUCCUCCGAGUCCACGAGCUCCGCGGAGACCAGAGAGGGCCAGCCCGCCUCUCCGAGGUCGGACACCCCAGCAGUGGCCACCCCCAUCGUCAUGGAGACCUUGGAGGAGAUCCUUGCGCGCGGGCGAGGUGCAGACUUUCAGAGUACGGCCUCCUUUGGCGAUGGAGGUGGGAGGGAGCAAGGUGUGCAGCCCAGAAGCUCGCCGAGCACGAACUCGUUUGCAGUGCACCAGCCCAUCAGCCCUCUCAGCCCUGUCAGCCAGGCAAUGGCGAAGUCUUCUUUGAAGCGACUCGAAGUUGACCGAGCCGGAGCCGGGCCGAUGCCGUCGGCGAAGGAGCAGUGCAAGGAGGCAGAGACCCUGACGACUAUGCCUCCCAGUGACAGGUGGCAUUCCACACUGACGUCUCCCUCCUGGAAGCCCUGCGAGGAGACGCUUCCCCCAGUGCCGCCUAGCACGGAACGACGUCCUAUGAAUCAUUUUCAGGACAGACUUCCCCCGGCGCCGUCUUCGCUUCAUGCUUCGGCAGCAUAUCCAGAGGAGCGAGUGCCUUCACACGCAUCCGAUAGGCUACCAUCCUCAUCGGGGGCGUCAGAGCGAUCAGGCGGAAGCAUCUCUGACGAGGAGGUGGGGCCGUUGGCUGUGGAGUUCCACGCCAAGCUCAGGCGCCGUGCUUCUUCCGACCUCGUGACCCGAGAGGACCGAGACUCCUUCCGGGUGUGCAACAUGUUCCGAGCCGCACUGGAGGAGUUCCAGCUGAGACCUUGGCAGAUCAUGUUCCGGCAGACCACUCUGGUGCAGCGAGAGAUGCCGGAGGAGCCCGGAGGAUGGAACAUCAGCUUGGCUCUCCACUCAUUGCGCGAUGGAGAAGACCACAAGAUCAAGGACAUCGUCAUGAGCUUUGUGCGCAGCUACGAAACGCACGCGGCAGACGAGGACAGCCUCUUUGGCAAAUUCACCCUGGCAUCGCACCAUUUCAAGACAGGGAAGGACGAGCCCUACCAGCAGCUGGAGUGGUGGCCCACAGAGGCCAGCACGCAAGAGCUUGACACCAUGGGCCUCAGUGCGCUCAUGCAGGAGUAUAGCCGCUGGUGCAGAGCUGUGCUGGCAGGACCCCAGCAAAAGGGCAAGCCCUACCAGUUUCACGUGCUCAAGCGGAUUGACGGCAUCACCAGAUCUUUGCCCAACGAAAGCAUUGCCCUGGCCAAGCAUGGCGUGGACCUGCAGGUGCUCCUGGACUUCAGCCGGCUGCUCCUUCAGGUCGUGAGAUUUCACGUGAAGGCGCCAAAGCUUGACGCCAAGAGCUACUUCCUCGGCCAGGACUGGCAAGCGGAGGAGAUGCGCUACGCCCUCCGGAUUCUGGCCUUCGUGCUCUCCUGGGAGCCUUGGAAAAGCAGAAAGCCCGAGAGGGUCCAAGCACCUUAUAACGAGGACACGCGUGGUGCCGAUGCUUCACAGAUCUCGCCGAGCGACAUCAAGGAGCACCUGGUCCAGUCCUCGGAUGUGCUGCUGGAGGCCAUCGGGAUCUACAAGUCAGUGUUGGUAAGCCUGGAGGAGUCAGAUUUGGCCCGCGGACUCUACAAGCCCUGCAACGCGCUGCAAAGUCUGCAGGCGGCCCUUCUCGGGCUGGAAUUUUCGAGCGUCACCAUCCCGGCAUGGCUGGCCGGUGCAGACGUUCUCGACAGCUUGGGCCAGCUGCUGCAGUGGAGCCGACACUACAGCAAGGCGCAUGGGCAAGCUGUGGCGCUCCUCUUCCCGCAGACAGCGCACAUGGUCUGUGAAGCUUUCUCCGCCAAGCAUCGCCUCCCCUUGCACGAGGAUGUGAUUUGCAACAAGGUCUUCAAGCUGAUGCGUGCAAUUGUGAAAUGGAGUGACAUCAACGGCCCCAGCACGGAGCUGGGCUGGAGCAAAAGCCUGGAUGAGAGCAUUCGACGGCACAGCCUUCCGAAGCUUGUGCAAAUCAUUGACACCGUGAAGCUACCGCAGACGCUGGCAGCUGAUCUGCUCGGUAGACUACGCGAGUGGACGCGCUACGACAUCACCCACCUGUUGGAACGCUCGGAGGUGCCCAACGCUUGCCGAGAGGCCAGCCGUGAGGCGGAAAUUGGUCGCCGCACGCUGCUGACAAAUUGAGACGGCCAGUGCACUGAUGGUGCAUUGAAUUGUUUGCAUUGCUUGCUCCACAAGCCUUGGAAGGGUCC